AACGCGUAUUUUGGGGAUUUCACUGUGGUAUCCUUUGCCAAGGCAUCUGUUUUUUAUUUGGGACUUCGAAACAGGAUAUUGAUAAUGAAUAGUGUCAGUAAAUCAUUUUUAGAUGCGUUGUCAGCUAUUGGAGAAAGACAUCCGUUGAUGUACAUUAAAUGUGAUAUGAUUUGAAGGAUUAUUAGCUGUACAAAGUCUUAAUGUUGCAAGGUGUUGAUGAAGAGGCUCUAAAAUCAACAGGGAUCAAGGAAACAUUGAAACCUGAGAGUUGCCACGCCAUCUAAACCAGCGUUAGAACGCGGUGAAAAGGACAAGGAAGUGAGUUGGUUUCUUAAUCUUAAAAAGGAAAAGCAACCCGAGGAGGCAUUGUUGUAAAGAAAUGCACGGAGAUAAUGAACAGACAUUAAAAAGGCGAAGAACGGACUCAAAUUUACCAGACAAUGAAGCAAAACUUAUGGUAGAAUCUAAUGGCGUCCAUAGUACGGCUACAACACAAAUGGCCGACUUGAAAAAAUCUCUCGAGGACGUCAAUAACAAUACGGAAUCGACUGAAGAGGACGUUUAUACCCAACUCAAAAACGCUGAGAGUGAUUUGGCUCUUGCUAAAGAUAUCGGUGAAGCUUUAUUGGCAGAAAAUAUUGAAUUAAGAGAGAAAUAUGAAUGUCUGCUGGAAGAACACGCUAGUCAAGUUGAGGUGUUACAACAAGAGAAACACGAUCUUCAGCUCAAGCGAAAGAGAGUGGAAAGUAUCCAGGAAGAAAGGAUCAGAGAAUUAAAUGUCGACUUACAAAACCUUCAAAAUAAACUGGACGUAUUUCAAGAAAACUCGCUGGAUGAUAAAGAGGCAAGGAGAGAAAGUGUUUAUGAACUGACCGAAGAGAAUUCAAAACUCAAUUCUGAGUUGAAUAAGGUAAACACUUCAAAUAAAGAAUUAUUGCAAGAGAUCAACAGACUGCAAGGAAUGCAGCGAGGCAGAAGUUUAAAUGAAAGUUUUGAUUCUGAAGGUUUUAAUGAAGCAGAUGCUCUUCAACAAAGGUUGUUGAUCCUAGAAGACGAACGUAGUUCAUUAAACGCGAGUGUUCAUCAACUUGUGUCUGAGAAGAAUGAAGCUGGAAAAGAAGUUAAUCUUCUCACACAGAAAGUUAUAACACUCACCGAGGAACUGGCUGAUAGCAAGAGCGAGUUAUCUUUAUGUGAAGAAGAAUUGAAUACUUGCAAGAAAGAAAAUAUUAAACUUCAUCAACAACUUGAUGAAUUUAAAUUACAAACGUCUCAACAAAUGGCUUUGAAUGGUUCAAUUUUUUCUGAAAUAUCCGUAUUGGAGAACGAGUCUGAUUUUAGUUUGAAGUUAGCUGCCUCACCAAGCUGUAAGAAAUUGAUGGGAGUAGGAAGUUUACACGGGACACCCAAGCCACUGGCAACAUCGUCCUCAACAAAUCUUUUGAACAGACAACACGAUCUUCAACCAUUGAGACUGGAUAUAUCAAGCGACAGUAGCGUAGGGGAUGAAGAUAAUGGUGAUUUUAGUUUGGAUGAAGAUGAUUGUUCCAUCCUCAAAGAACAAGGAUAUUUCGCACAGUUUGAGGAAGAACAAAAGAUUAAUGUCGAGCUGCGUAAAGAGAUGUGUGCUGUUUGUCAUCAGCUACUUCAAGCUUGCAGAUUAUUAACCAACAACAAAUACGAAUCAAAACAGACCUGGGAGAUGGAUGUGGAUGAACUGUUUGAGAAAGACGAGACAGGAGCUGGAACACUGACCAUGAUUUCUGCUGAAGUGAUUGGGUUGCUGAAGGAAUAUCUGGAAAAACAGCAAAAUGAGGUCGACACUUUGUCAAAGGAGGAACAAGAAUAUAUGGAAGAAAAAAUGCUUUCACUGGAGAGUCAAGUUGAAGAUCUUACAACGGAAUGUUUUGAAGCGAAAAAACAACUCUCGUCUUUGGCUGUUCAGCUGGAAGAAUCAAGAACGAAAAUCAGCGAGAAUGAUGAAGAAAAAACAAAUCUUUCAAACAAGAUAACUGACCUGGAAAGCGAAAUUACGACGAUGAAGAAUAAGUACGGCCAUAUCAAGGCCUGUCGAUCAAAAAGCGUUGUGGAAGAGUUAGAAAAGGCGAGGCGUGAUGUGCAAAAAUUAGACAAUCAACUUAUCAUGGCCGUUAACCAGAAAGUAAAGCUUUCUGAACAACUCGAGCAAUGGCAGUACGAUAUGGCUAAUGUUAUCGAAGAACAAGUUCAGAAACAAUUGAGUGCAAAUAACGACCGAGAAAAGAAGAAGAAAUCAAGAUUGCCUUUUUUAAAGAAAGGAGGAUGGGCGUGGACAUAGAAUGUGAUACCCAUGUAUACCUUUAUUAUCCUUAGUAUCAUGCAAGAAAACACGUCAUCCAUUCACUUAUCUUCGCCGGUUCUCUGGGCAAUUUUUCUUGUAGUAUUAGUGGUAUUUUAGGAAAAGGAUAUUUGUAAAAAAGAGAGCCCAAUUUCUAUAAAAAAAGAUUUCUAAAAACAAAGAUUAUCAUGGGAAAUAAUAUAUACAAUUACUGAAUGUAGUUUAUUUAUUGAAAACAGAAAUUAAUGAUUAAACCUUUCAUGUACAGUUGGAAAUAAUUAGGAGGAAGUAGACUUGAAUUUAAAUUUUUAAUUUAUAACAUAUUGUAUUAUAAUAAUA